ACCCCGCCCCUCCGCCCGCAGCCCCGCCCAACGCCGCCUCCGCGGGGGGAGGAUGGGGGGGCGCCGCGGCGGGGCUGGCGCUGCAGCCGCGCGCGCCUGACGGGCCCAACGGUUCCCCAACGGUCCCCCGCGCCGCCUCGCUCCGUGCCGCCGCCUCGGGGCGGGCCGUCGCGGCGGGUGGAUGCCCAGCGCCUGCCCGCCGCCGCCGCCUGGCGCCUAGCGCGCACGGCCGGGGCAGAGACCCGCGGACGCCAUGGGCUGCUGCAGCUCCGCCGCGCAGAACUCCAAGCGAGAGUGGAAACCAUUGGAGGAUCACAGCUGCACAGAUGUGCCGUGGCUACUCCUCUUCAUCCUCUUCUGUAUAGGAAUGGGUUUUAUUUGUGGCUUUUCAAUAGCUACAGGAGCAGCUGCAAGACUGCUGUCGGGAUAUGACAGUUAUGGAAAUAUCUGUGGACAAAAAAAUGUCAAGGUGGAGGGAAUAGUCAACAGUGGUUUGGACCUCACACAGAAGAAGUAUGUGUUCUUUUUGGAUCCAUGCAAUAUUGAUUUAGUACAUCAGAAGAUCAAAUCACUUGCUCUGUGUGUGUCAGCUUGCCCAAGGAAAGAGCUAAAAACUUUGGCUGAUGUUCAGAAAUUCGCAGAAACUAAUGGAUCCACUCUGUGCAGCUAUGAACUACAGCCAUCAGAAUACACUACAGACCCAAGGGCCGCCAAGCUGUGUCCUAAGUACCCUGUUCCAGAGAGUGCACCUAUUCCAUUCUUCCAUCGCUGUGCUCCUGUGAACAUUUCCUGCUAUGCCAAGUUUGCAGAGGCCCUGAUCACCUUUGUCAGUGACAGUAGUGUCUUACACAGGCUGAUUAGUGGAGUUAUGACCAGCAAAGAGAUUAUAAUGGGACUUUGCUUGUUAUCACUAGUGCUGUCCAUGAUUUUGAUGGUUAUAAUCAGGUACAUUUCAAGAGUACUUGUCUGGAUUUUAACAAUUCUUGUCAUUCUGGGAUCACUCGGUGGUACAGGAGUCCUGUGGUGGCUCUAUGCUAAGCAACGAGUAUCUGCCAGUGCUGUUGAGACUCAAAUAGCCAAAGACAAUCUUCAGGCUCUUCUGAUCUAUGCCAUUUCAGCAACAGUCUUCAUGGUUAUCUUGUUCUUGAUAAUGUUAAUUAUGCGCAAACGAGUAGCUCUCACCAUUGCCUUGUUCCACGUGGCCGGCAAGGUCUUCAUUCACCUGCCACUGCUAGUCUUCCAGCCAUUUUGGACAUUCUUUGCGCUUAUCCUCUUCUGGACAUACUGGAUCACCGUCCUGCUUUUCCUUGGUACUACAGGUAGUCCUGUCCCAAAUGAAGAAGGAUUUGUCGAAUUUCAGAUGGUAGGCCCUUUGAAAUACAUGUGGUGGUACCAUGUGGUGGGGCUGAUCUGGAUCAGCGAGUUUAUCCUAGCCUGUCAGCAGAUGACCGUAGCAGGGGCUGUUGUGACAUACUAUUUUACAAGGGAGAAAAGGAAUCUGCCAUUUACUCCUAUUCUGGCAUCUGUUAAUCGCCUUAUUUGUUACCACCUAGGAACAGUGGCAAAAGGGUCUUUCAUUAUCACACUAGUGAAGAUACCACGAAUGAUUCUUAUGUAUAUUCAUACGCAACUCAAAGGAAAAGAAAAUGCCUGUGCUCGCUGUAUGCUGAAAGCCUGCAUCUGCUGCCUUUGGUGUCUAGAAAAGUGCCUGACCUACUUAAAUCAGAAUGCAUAUACAGCCACAGCUAUCAACAGUACUAACUUCUGCACCUCAGCGAAGGAUGCCUUUGUUAUUCUAGUGGAGAAUGCUUUGCGAGUGGCUGCCAUAAAUACAGUGGGAGAUUUCAUGCUGUUUCUAGGAAAGGUCUUGAUUGUUUGCAGUACAGGUUUGGCAGGGAUUAUGUUGCUAAAUUACCAACGAGAUUACACCAUCUGGGUGCUGCCACUCAUCAUUGUCUGCCUCUUUGCAUUCCUGGUUGCUCACUGCUUCCUUUCCAUCUAUGAAAUGGUUGUUGAUGUCCUCUUCUUAUGUUUUGCUAUUGAUACAAAAUACAAUGAUGGAAGCCCUGGUAGGGAAUUCUACAUGGAUAAAGUUCUCAUGGAGUUUGUGGAGAAUAGUAGAAAAUCUAUGAAAGAAACUGGCCGGGGAGGUGGAGCUGAGGGCAGAGAGCUAAAACCAAUGGCCUCUGGAGCAAGUUCAUCUUGAAACUAGCCAGCCAUUAUGGAACCCAUUGACAUUCCAAAACAGAAUAUAUAUACAUAUAUACAUAUAUAUAUAUAUAUAUAAAAACAGCCAAAAUCAGAGAAAAGGAACAGGGAUUUAAUACUUUUUUUAACAAUUAUUUUUGUGAAACAUGUACUCUUUUCAUACGGGUGGCUUUUACAAGCAGCUUUAUCAUUUUUUAAUUAUUCAUUGUGGUCAUGGAAAUGUUGAUUCUUAUCUGCUUGAUAUUUUACAAUCUGGAGGAGGUAUCAUUGUAAAGAUGAUCUUAAACAAUGAUUGGGUUCAGAGAAUCAAAUAUCAGAUUUCUCAUGAAACUGCAAAUGUGCUGAGAAUUUUGUGUUUGAUUUGUUUAAAUUUACAUUAAAUUUAGGACAAUUAUGAGUAAAACCUUCAAAUUAAAAAAAAAUCAAAUUUAGGUUUUUAAAAGAUGGUUUCAGUGAGAGUUAAUUCAAUUCUAAUUGAUUUUUAAGCAGACAUUUUACCUUACAGCCCUGGUGGGGCACAAAGGGAGACAUGUAGUUUUGUUUCAGUAUCAUAUAUCACAAUAACCAACUCCUCAGGUAUUUAGGUGUGUGGGAGCCCUUGCUUACAGAAACUAGAAAAUGGGGAUCAGUUUUAUAUGCAAUUUUUUCCUGUUUUACCUUACUUAACCUUCUCCCCCCCACCCUCACUUCAGUAGCCUCCUUUGCACUUCAGCAGUGCUCUUUUGAAAAGUAUGGAUUUUCCAUAUGAGCAGUUGAAUUAACAGAUUAUUAAAGCUCAGUCUUAGCCAUACUCAUGAUUAAUUCAUGACUAGAUGUAAUGAUACUGGGGAUUGGAAGAGAGAUGAACUCUCUUACUGUACAAAAAAAGUACUGUAUAUGCUUUAUUUCAUCUAAUACUGGAGAGCUUUGGGAGGUGGAAGGGGCCAUUCCUUGCCUGUUUUUCAUCCAUAUUUGUGUGUACUGUACAGGUGGGUAAAACAGGAAAGGGCAGAGAAACAUUUCUUUGAAAGUGUCACUGCCGGAAUAUUUACCUAAAGUUAUCACAUAACCACAGGGGAACAUGCUCUUUUUUUAUGUUUAGAUAUUUACAUUUAUUUUCACUCUGGAAGCUCACCAGAUAUGAAUGCUAAUAUUCAGUUGUUCAGUGUAUAGUAAUGGUAAAUGCUUAAAAGUGUAUUUGCUAAGAACUCAUGAUCUGUCUAUGCUAUAUACUCCUUUUGUUACAAUUUUUUUAAGAAAAAUAUUUUUGUUAAUGUAAAGUUACUAUUUCAGAGCAGAAUUUUUAAACUUAUUGCACUAAAUAUAAGCUCUGUACAAAUAAAUAAUGCCUCAAUGGUUUGAUCACUCCAUUCAAGAAAAUUUUUUGAAAGAGAGAAGCCCUUUUACAGAAACUUUGCAAAUGAAGUCGAGCGGUAUGUCUAGGUAGAGAAAUUGUGUAGGUAGAGAAAUUUACCACUCAUGUCAUCAAGAUUUAAUAAGUGGUUCUUUAUGUGCUUCCUUUCAGAGGACCAGCCUUCUAAAUUACUGACAAAGCAUUUUUUUAUCAUGUAACUAAUAGUGCUGUUAACUUUUGGCAAUAGUGAAAUAUUUCACUUUUGCUUCUGUAAGUAAUUUGGUACUUAAACUUAUUUAGGCUUCUUUCAGUAAGUCAGUUAAAAGGAUUUACUCUUUUCAUAUCAUAGAAACCACACUGUAUGAAAAUAAUGAAAAUAAAAAUACAUUUAUAAAUGGUAGCUAAGGGGGAGGGCAAGAGGACUUAAGAUCUAAUCCUUGAAGUACUUAGGCACUUGUUAACUGAACAGUAUCUGUAGUUCCACUGACAUGAGGAGAGCUGUCUGGAGCUUAUGCAAGUUGUAUGUAAGUUACACAUCUGUUUAAGUGUUAACUGGACUAGAGCUUCAACCUAGGAUUUAAGCUGGAGUACUGAUGAGGCCUCUCAAUGCAGAUUAUCUGUCAGGCUACCUAGAAGAAGCACUGGAGCAGCCGCUAGUGUGUGGAGAGAAGGCAUUUCUGCUGUACCAGUGGCUGAGAGUGCCAUGGCCACUGAGCAUUUGUGUAGAUUGGUGGGGUUUGGCAACAGAAAUUUAAAACUGGCUCAGAGGAAUCCUAGGAAUAGGAUUUCAAGGCCAGGAGACUUACCACCUACCCAGUUGCUCCAGAGAAACCGUGGUUUCCAUCCGGUUUGGAAGUUUGGAGGUUAUUGGAAGUUACUGAAGCUUUGGAUUCUGCUCAUUUUUGACCUCAUAUUUCUGCCAUGACACAUUCCACAGGCUUGUUUUCUCUGCUCACUGGAAGUCCUGGGGGGGGGGGGGGGGCUUUUCUCUUAAUUCAUAACAGGACAGCAAUUGGAAACAAAUUUUGUAUUUUUGUAUAACUUGACUGUGCACCAGUUUUAUAACAGUUUAUCCUGUUUUACAAAUAAAUUUCUUUUAUUUACAUGGUGUUUAAAAGAUACAAGCAACACUUUUCUAUGGGUAGCUGUAAUGUUUGGGUGAUAUAUCUAUAUCAUUAUGGAGUUUUUAAUAAAAUCUUGUGCACUGUUCUUGAGCAUUUACCUGGCAUGCAGAGCUUGUCAGUUACAAAGUGGCCAUACCAAAAUGUAUUUCAUCUACAUGUAAGUCUUUCUAGUGGCCCUUUAAAGCUUUUGGAUGUUCUUUGAAGCUUAUUUGCAACAAAACUACAAGCUGUGUGCUUCCAGCCCUGUCUUGUGCAAGAAGAUAAGUAGAAAACUGAAGUCCAAAGAGAGAACUUUUCAGGACAAAUUUAGACAAUGCUUUCCUUUCCUUCGCUAAUGGGGAUAGUAGAAUAGGAGAACACUUUGAAUGUAAAUCUUUGGUUGGCAGUAGAGGUGCUGUGGGCUGCUGGGGGUGAUAGACUAAAUAUUCUACAUGCCAGCUGGUUUUCUAGGCAGGUAUAUGGAUUGCUUUGUGAGAAGCUCUGACUGGAGAGUAAUGCUGAUUCUGCACUGGGAAUAACACUGCAGAGGGAGUAGAUGAGACAGCUAAGGUAGAGAAAUCAUCUCCUUGAAAGGUCCACAGAUCCAAGCAGUGCUUGAGGGCUAGUGGUUCAGGCCAGAUAAUUUGGGCUCAAAAAAAUGAGCCAAGGUGAUUACCAGUUCCUGCAGACAGUCUGGAUCAUAAUCUCCAGUCAGGCUUCAAAGGAAAACAAAUGCACCAUUUUUUAAAUUCUCAAAUCUUAUUUUUCACACUAUUUUGUCCUGCACUUUAUUUGUAAGCUGAGCAGUGUGAGGUCUUUAUUGUUUCUUCCAGCCCUCGAGAAUCUUUGUUCCUCUCAUAUGUAUAUAUAUAUAUUGCUUUCUCAGCAAAGGAGUGCCAAGUGGCAGAGUAUCAGCUCUCCUUUUUCGCACUGAUCUUAGCACACACUUCAUCACCUUCCUAAAGCAAUGAUUCAGGAUAUUACUUGGACUGAAUGGGAGGGGAAGAAGGUGCUGAGCUGAAGUUCUGAGGACUUGCUGUUGUUUUUGCAUGAUACCACCCCAUCAUUGUGCUUGCUGUGAUUAGGAGUGCAGACCCUCAUUUCUACAGCUUCGGCACUGCUCCACAGAUAGACUAAGCACAUCCAGCUGCCAGAAACAGGACUGAGUUUUACAGGUGGCCUUAACUUGGCAUGGUAACUUGAGGAGUUUUUGCAUUAGGAAAGUGUGACCCAAAAGGGAGAACCGAAAGUGGAAAACUCAGUUACAGGCCCAGUUACCCAGCAGCUAAUCCAAGAGUCAUUCCCCUCAUUUCCUUGCAGUACCUUCUCAGGGUGGUUAUUCCUUUCUGAAAGGGCUUUUCUUACAGCAGGUAAUUAGCCUGCUCCAGUGCUCCCUUUCAGGGAGCAAGCAGGGUAUACCGGCUCUUACUCUUUCAUCAGAAAAUGGGGAUGCAAAGCAGAGGCAAGCCCUGCUUGAAUCAGCCGAUAUUUGAGAAAACAUAUUUAAUGUGCCCUCAUGACAUGCACUUUAGUGGUUUGCUGUGAAUGGUUACAAUGUAUUCUGUGAAUGUACUUUAUGAAGUCAGAAUAAAAUGCAUGUAGCAGACGUAUAUACUCAUAAUCAUGAAGCAGUGAUCAUUUAUUUCUUAAUGCAUAUUAUAUGUUGUAUUGAAUAUGGCACAGUCCUUUAAGAAUUACCCUUACUAAGGUUUAAAAGUAGGUGCCAGUAAGCGUCCUUGUUUUUAAAACCAAGGCUUUGCUUGUACAGAUAGUGUUUUCUAAAUCUAAACGUCUCAAGUUCAUUGGUUCCAUGAACAAUUUGGUCGUGUGUUGCGUUAUCACCACAGAAAUCCUAUUUCAUCUUUGUGGAAAAAAAAAAAAGUCUGUUCCCCAGAACAAAACCCAAAAGACUUGUUUGAAGCAUUGCUUGCACUCAGCUUGGUUCUUGGGGGCGACAGAAGUCUACUCUAAAUGUUUAAUUUUUAAAUGUUAUUUCAACUAUUUCACUUCUGCUGUUAUUUCUGUCAUGUAACAAGAGAGAUCAUGGAGACUAGUAAACUUGUAUUUCUUGUGCUCUGUAGCAAAUACUGAUCUGGGGAUUUUUUUAUAUAUAUUUAGCGAGAUCAGAGAAGAGCUGAAACUUGUCUCUUGUGAUGUGGAUGUCAUGUAUGGAAGGCAGAAUUUCUAUUCUAGAACAGAGCUGUGAUGUGUCUUGCAGUGUUUGCAGGCUGAUGGAAUCAAGCCAAAGCUCUUCAGUGAUACUAGAACUACGAAAAUAUUUCUAGGAACAAUAAGUCACAUGAAUCCUUCUGAAAACAUCUAUUUGGAAACUCAGCAUUCAUUUGACAGAGGUCAGUUAGAACUAGCAGAAAACUAGCAAACACCAUCAGAUCCUACUCACCUGUCUCACUGCAGCAGUCAAGUGAUGUGUGAAUAGGCUGAGCAGGAUUUGGUAUUUUAAGUAUUUAGUACCUUUUUACAGAAACAUGGGACUCACCUUAGAACCAAAGUUGCCAGGGCUCAGAGCAAAAGCACCAGUUUACUUUAGCAGAAUUAGACAAACUUCAAUAUGUUUAAAGAUAACUUUAGCCUCUCUACAUAUGUGAUAGAACACACUGGCAAUGUAAAAGUGCUGCUCCUCUCCUCUGGCUUGAGUAAACUGUGGACAGGUAAGUAUUUCAGAAAGGUUUUAUGACAUUAAGAUGCUGAAUACUCCUGAAAUCUGGCAGAAUUUAGGAGCUGACUUGAGUUCCUAUGAAAGUCUUAAUUUUUAACCCUGAAAUAAAAACUGUGUGUGCUCCAGUGUUGCUAUUGGGAUGGGUCCCUGCUCAGCGUGAAGAGGCUUCUGCAUUAGCGAAACAGUGCAGCAGACAAUGAGAUAGUCAGCCGUUUCCCUUGUCCCACUCAGACUAGCACUUGCAACAAUAAAAGUGGGUGAGUGCCAGAGAUUGGCUCCUAUCACUGACAGGUACAGAGCUUAGCUUUUUUCCAGACACCCAUGUAAGCAGUAGAGUCUUUCCUUGAAAGAGAAACAGCUUGGGUUAGCACUGUUCUCAGGCUGUCCCUCAGUUCGCUCACAUUCCUCCUGAUCAGCAAGGUUAAGCGCCUUCCUACUGGUCAGUGGGAGCUGUAGUAUGAAAUUUGACAUGAGCAGAAUCACCAGUGUCAUCAGAGAUCUGAAGCCAUGGGAAAGGAGAGGAGGGGAGAUCUUCACUUCUAGUUCCCCUUGUUUGCUUUACAGCUAGGAUCUCACAAAACCAACCUGAAAACUGCUGGUUUAAAGUGAUUGCAAAACUUCCUUUUUACCAUUUUAAAGUAGGUUUUUACGAGAUACUUGCUGUCACUCUACUUCUGGCCGAUAUGUUAAUUUUAAUCCUACUGAAGUCUUGGCAGUCAGACAUGCAGCUGUAUUUGCAGACUAGGAACUUGGAUGCACUAGUGAAAAACAAUGCAUCUCUUACUUGUUUCAGAACCAGAACUGUAUGCAGCAGCUCAGGAUGUAGCCCUGAGAGGGCAGGCAGGAAGGCAAAAGGUAGAAAGAUAGAGAAGAGGGAAGCUGUCAUGCACCUGCAUGCAUUCUUUGCAAAAGGCGCUUGACUGCCUGAUUCCACACUUGAGGAACUGCUGAAUGGUAGCUGCCAACACCAACACUGCCCUAGUCUGCUGCCUUUUAUAUCACACUGUGAAAGGACCCUGGGUCUCUCUCCCGCUCCCAGGCAUUUUGUAAGCUGUGCUGCGCUGCCAUCCGUUGCUGCGUGCUCUCAGCAGUGCAGCAAGUCUGCCUUAGUCCCCUCUUCUCCCCGAGGAAAGUGGCUGGACCUUGGCGGGGAGAGGGAGCAAAAAGGUUGUUUUGUUUCUUAUGUAGGCCAGAAAUGAGCUGCCAGAAGCUGGCUGGAGCCAUGCAGAACAUGGUUUCACAGGUAUAAAAUAUUACACAAAAUCUUCAUAGCAGUUAAGAAAAUUCAUAUUCCAUUUUGCUGACAUCUCGCAGCCACAGCCACUGUGUCCUGCUUUCAUUUUGCUCUGGAGUUUCAAAGCAGGAAAGAAGGCGUAAUCCUCUACCUGUAGGAAGGAAUUACUUUUUUACUAUGGGAUUGUGUUGCUGGUUACACUAACUACCCUAGGGAGGAGGGAGAAUCUUCUGAAUAGAUUUUAAAGGCUUGGCAGUAGCGCGAAUAAUACUUGCAUUGUCAUAGUCCAUGAAAGCAUCAUGUGGAAACCAGCUUUUCAUCCUUUACAUGUACUCCUAACAGAGCAGUCAGCCCGCUGGAUUGGGUUAGUGACUUACACUGAAUCAAGAUCAAUUAACAAGUGCUCCUUUUUCCAGUGGAAUGCCACCUCCUUUUGGAAUGGGAAAAGUAAAUGUGACACUGCUUAUUGUCUGAGAACUUGAAAUGUUUUAUACUGCAAGCUGUGAAUGCGGGAAGAGAAGGGAAGUUAACAGUGCUGAUCUAAUCUUAGAUUUUCUGUGUAAACUGACAUUGUGCCAGAAUACUGAUGCAAAACUGUAUUUUAGUCUAAGAAAUGUAUAGAUUUUUUAAUGUAUCAAAAUAAAGUUUUUUAAUAAGAAA